AUGGGUGGCUUCAAGGCCGUCGAGGAUCGCCCGACGCCGAAGGAGGUGUACAACUGGAAGCUCUACAUCCAGGCCGCCAUCAUCGCCACCGGCUCUUUUCUCUUCGAAUACGACUCGGCUUUCAUCGGGACCACGAUUGCCCGCAACAGUUUCAAGAGGGACUUUGGCAUCAACGCCGGCAACUCCAACAACAUCCCCAGCAACAUCACCUCGGCUUUCCAGGCCGGGGCCCUGGGCGGUGCAGUCCUUUGCUUCUUCAUCACCGAGCGUCUGGGCAGAAAAUGGACCCUGCAGGCUAACGUCGUCAUUUUCAUCGUCGGCGCCAUUCUGAUGACCGUUGCGACGGACCAACUGUCAUUCAUCUAUGCCGGGCGCGCCCUGACGGGACUUGGAUGCGGUGGGAUCACGGCCACGGUUCCUUCGUAUAUCGGCGAACUCUCGAUCCCCUCGAUCCGCGGCAUCCUCACCGGUCUGUUCGAAGUGGCAUACCAGCUCGGCUCCGUAAUCGGCUUCUGGAUCAACUACGGCAUCACGAAGACUCUCGACUCGGACCAGCCCGUUAGCUGGACGGUCCCGAUGGCUUUCCAGCUGGUCCCUGCCGGCAUCCUCUUUGCCGGCUGUUUCUUCAUCCACGAGAGCCCCCUCUGGCUCCUGCGGCAGAACAAGACAGAGAAGGCGCACAAGGUUCUCGAGGGGCUCAGGGACCUGCCGAUCGACCACAAAUACAUGCAAGAGGAGCUCGACAUGUUCCAGAAGAAGAUUGACGAGGAGCGCGCCGUGGCCGCGCAGUACGGUACCGGACAAUGGGCAUACCUGCGCGGCGUUGCCAACAUGUUGGCCCGCAAGGGCAUGUGGAACCGUCUGGUGCUUGUCUUCUGCGCCUUUGCGCUCAACAACCUCUCCGGUGCUGCUGCCAUCAACUAUUACUCGCCGACCCUCUUCAAAUCUAUCGGCAUCACCGAUGUUUCUCUCUAUACUGGAAUCUACGGCUUGGUCAAGGCCAUCGCCUCCAUCAUAUAUUUCGUGUUCCUCGUCGACGUCCUUGGGAGACGCUGGCCCGCCAUCGUUUCGUCUUUCGGUCUGCUCGCUUUGCCUUUGGAUUGUCGGCACGAGCUAUCCGCCUCGACUGCUGCGGGUGGUAAAGCGGCGACGGGGAUGAUCAUGAUCUACUCCAUCUGGUAUGCCACCCCCUUCCUAAUCACUGUUACCGAUCCGGACCGACCUAACGAUCACUACAGCUGGUCAUUUGGCUUGAACGGCAUCCCGUGGAUCGUCAGUGCCGAGAUCUUCCCCGGCGCUCUCCGCAACUUCACCGGGACCUACGCCGCCCUCGUCGUCUGGGCCACACAGUUCGCCAUCACCAAAGCGAUGCCGUACAUCUUCAGCUCCUUCGGCUACGGGACCUGGUUCUUCUUCGCCUCAUGGAUGAUCGUUGCCACUGCGUGGGCCUACAUCUUCUUGCCUGAGACCAAGGGCCUUACCAUGGACCAGAUGGACGUUAUCUUCGGCUACGCCUACGAUGCCCGCCCAGAGCCUUCCAAAAAGAUCGUCGAUGAGCCUUUGUAG